CUCAGUGGCGUCCUGCACUCCGUAACAUGCUAGCUGUAAACAUUCACCGUGGUCAUGCUUAAGUAACUUUACUGCCCUUGAACUUUGUGACACAUUUCGCUUUGAGAUAUGACACGAAAAAGACACGCGAGGAGAACGAUGCGGGUUGUUAGCUGAACGUUCACGCCUGUUUUGUCGCCUAUAGUCCAGUCAUGGCGGGGAUUUUCCAAAAAACACUGAGACUGAGGACAGCUCUCAGACAUCUGGGCCCCCACAGCACCUUCUCAUCAACAACCACAGCCAGACUUUCACCUGUGGACCUCCGCAGUCUGUUUCUUCCCACCACAUCAUGGCAGUUUGGACUCUGCUGUCAGAAGCUGCACACAGGGGCAGACAGGUCCUCCCCCUCCCCCUCUGCUGCUCCAGACAGGCUGCCUUUCUCCAGAAUAACUCAGGAAGAUUUGGCCGUCUUCAGGAAGAUCCUACCAGACAGAGUCAUCACUGAUCCGGACCUGCUGGAGUCCAGUAAUGUGGAUUGGCUCAAGACUGUGAAAGGCUCCAGUGAGCUGCUGCUGAGACCUCAAACGACUGAGGAAGUUUCUCAAAUUCUCAAGUACUGUAACAGUCGUAAUCUGGCGGUGAAUCCUCAAGGAGGUAACACUGGGCUGGUUGGGGGCAGCGUGCCGGUGUAUGAUGAGAUCGUCCUCUCCACUGCCCUCAUGAACAACAUCCUCACCUUUGAUAGUAUCUCUGGCAUUCUGACCUGUCAGGCAGGCUGUGUCCUGGAGAACUUGUCCCUUUACCUGGAGGAGAGAGACUACAUCAUGCCACUCGAUCUGGGGGCUAAAGGCAGUUGCCACAUUGGGGGAAACGUGGCAACAAACGCAGGUGGACUCCGGCUGCUGCGAUACGGCUCCUUACACGGGACUGUGCUGGGUCUGGAAGUGGUGUUGGCAGACGGGCGAGUGCUGGACUGCUUGGCCACACUGCGGAAAGAUAACACAGGAUAUGACCUCAAACAGCUCUUCAUAGGGUCAGAGGGCACACUGGGGGUCAUCACCGCAGUGUCCAUCCUUUGUCCACGGAAACCCAAAUCUGUCAAUGUGGUUUUUCUGGGCUGUGAGACCUUUGAGCAGCUGCUGAAGACAUUUCAGCUCUGCAGAGGCAUGCUGGGAGAAAUCCUGUCGGCCUACGAAUUCCUGGACAGUGAAUGUAUGAGGCUGCUGAACACGCACCUCAAACUCCCCAAUCCCAUCUCUGAUUGUCCGUUCUACGUUGUCAUAGAAACGUCUGGAUCCGACCCAACACAUGACGGAGAGAAGCUCCACAAUUUCUUAGAGGAGGCGAUGACAUCAUCGUUGGUUACAGAUGGGACUGUGGCAACUGAAGACUCAAAAAUCAAGGCUCUGUGGUCGAUGCGUGAACGUGUCACGGAGGCGCUGACUCACGAUGGCUUCACUUACAAAUAUGACAUCUCGCUUCCAGUGGAGCGGAUCUACCAGCUGGUGACAGACAUGAGGGAGCACCUGGGGGACCGAGCCAAGAGUGUGGUGGGAUACGGACACGUAGGAGAUGGAAACCUCCACCUGAACAUCACCUCUCCUGCCAAAGACCCUGCUCUCCUCGCUGCCAUCGAGCCCUUCGUCUACGAGUGGACGGCCAGCUGUCAGGGCAGCAUCAGUGCAGAGCACGGACUGGGCCUGAAGAAGAGGAACUAUAUCUACUACAGUAAACCCAGCCAAGCUGUGGCUCUGAUGGGUGACAUCAAAGACAUGCUGGAUCCUAAGGGCAUCCUCAACCCGUACAAGACUCUGCCAGAUAACCUGAAAUGACCCAAAGUGUCUCACUGCGGUGGGGUAAGUGGCAACGUACACAGAGCUCAUGCUGGAGCUCUAUUUCAGCUGUAACUUUAUUACCACGUUUUGUUUUUACGGCAGCUCACGGCCUUUCCUGUUGUACCUUUGUCACACAUUUGGUGCCGAGCUGCAGGGUUUGCAAGGAGUUUCAUUGUCGUGCACAAAGCAUCACUUUCAGAAUGAUGUCCACUUUAACAAGCUGCUGACUUUGUACUGUAGCCGUCUAGAGUUAGACUGUUACAAGUCAAGUUACUGCUUAACAUUAUCAACUACCUCUGCUACUCACAUGCCCAGAGUAGCUUUAAUGAGAUCCACGGGUAUUCCACGGAAUAUCCAACAAGUUUUAGACCUUAAAGGGACAGUUCACCACAAAAUCAAUGACACAUAUUUUUACUUUUACCUGUAAUAAUAUUUAUAAUAAUAUUUUAUUUAGAUCAGGGUUAGGCAACCUGCGGCUCCGGAGCCAUAUGCAGCUCUUUAGACCCUCUCCUGUGGCUCCCUGUGUCUGGAGGAAAACAGCGAAUUUAAUAUGUGAACAGAUUCAUUUAUUUUCACCACCAACGCUGCAAAGUUAAACUGCAGAGUAGCUGCCUUGUAGUAAAUCAUGUCAAUAAUGCUAAUUUAGACCUUUUUGUAAUGUUCACAGGCUAAUUUAGACGUAAUAGGCUGUUACCUUUAUUCAAAAAUGUUCUGCAGCUCCAGACAGAUUUUUCUGUUCCUUUUCAGCCAGUAAUGGGUCUUAUAAUAGUAAAGGUUGCCAACCCCUGAUUUAGAUUGUUUUAGUGUGUGUGGUGGAGAUAUCAGUCAUCCUUCUCUCUGAUAUAAUGGAACUAGAUGGGACUCAGCUUGUGGUGCUAACAGCAGCGUCACUUUCCAGAAAUCAUGACCUGGUUACUCAAGAUAAUCCAGAGAUCUUGUUUUGAGCACUUUCAUAAAGAACAAUUUUCUUUCUAUCGAUACCCACUAAACAUAUCAGUGUGCAGAAGGAAGUGUAAAUGUACUUGUGGAUGAGAGGCUCGUGCUUGUGACAGCAUGAGAUGUUAACACUAAUAGCGUUCCCCUCAGCUGAGCUGUAACGUUAGGUAGCUCAGUGGUGCUAAGUGAGCUAACAGUAGAUGCACGCUUCCUUCUGCACAGUGAUACAGUUGGUGGGUGUAGUUCUAACAUGAAACUGCUCACAACAAGGUCUGUGGAUUAUCUUGAGUAACCAGGUCAUGAGUUGUGGAAAGAGACAUUGCUGUUGAGUUUUUCAAUGUUUUUUUUUUUGGCACCACAAGCCAAGUGCCAUCUAGUUCUGUUAGAGAGAUGGCAGACAUCUUUACAGCUGAUAUCUCCAACACUCUGCAACUCACACUAGAACAAUGUAGACUGACAAACAGCACUACAGGUAAGAGGAACUAUGUGCAUUUUUGAUUUGUGGGGUGAACUGUCCCUUUAAAUAAAAUACACUUUGUACAGAUGAAAAGCAUAGAAUAUAUUUUUCAGUACUGCUAAGAGGAAGUGGAUGAAUGAUCAUGAAUGACGACGUAGGUGUUAGUGUGCCUACUAGUAGCCACUAGAGGGCAGACAGAGUGUGUCUGGAUAUACAGUGUAAGGUUUUGUGCAUUUUAAAAUUGUGUAAAUUGGCCAUGUACAUGUGAACCUUACUAUUGUUUCAAGGCUGAUUUCUGAGACGGAAUCUAUAAUUGAAAAUGUAUUUGUAUAGAUAAACUCAGCUGUCAGUUUAUUAGGUACACCUGGCUUAAAAUAACACAGUCUAAUGCAACAAUCCUGCAGUCAGUCUGACCGUCAUGAAGGUUGUGAUCAGUUUUUGUUUAAAGUGUUUUAGAAAAGUGCUGAUUCAAAUAGAUUGUCAUUUUGGAGGCUGCUGGUCGAGGUGCUGUUGAACUGUACUGCAUGAUAAAGAGGGUUUUUUAAAGCCUAACCUCAUUGAAAUAAAUGGGAUUAACAAAAUAGAACAGUACAAUGCAGUACGGUUCAUCAGCAUCACAGACUGCAACCUCCAAAAUGGCCAUAAAGUUGAAUCAGCACCUUUCAACAAGAAAACUGAACU